CAUUCCUAAGGUGGGUCAAUAGUAGGAAAAAAAUGCUUGUAACUGACUAUAUAUAAAUUGUGAACAACUUGUAAGCGGGAACGUGUGAUUUUGGCUGUAAAUUGUUGACAUUGUUCGCAUAUAAAUUAUCAGAAUUUAUCAGAAACUCCAAAUGGUUAUGAAAAAAACGGACAUGGUUUAUAUAUCAGUGCAAGAACCCGGCGACACUUUAAACAAUAAAUGUCUAGAGAAUAAGGAAAAGAACGGAAGAUUGCAGACGGAAAGCAAGACAGAGAGCCAGACAGAAAGCCAACACGAAGAUGAUGGUCGUGGCAAAUGGGGCGGAAAUUUGGAUUUUUUACUAUCUUGUGUGGGAUAUGCUGUCAGCAUCACCAAUAUAUGGAGAUUUCCUUAUUUGUGCUAUAAAAAUGGUGGAGGUGCUUUUCUGAUACCAUACGUAAUUUUCCUGGUUAUUUGUGUUUUGCCGUUAAUCUUCAUUGAGUAUGCUUUAGGUCAGUUUUCCAGCAGUGGUGUAUUAACAGUUUGGAAGAUAUCGCCACUUUUGAAAGGUAUUGGAUACGGCGUAUUGAUUGCUUCAGCUAUAUACUGUACGUACGUCAAUGUAAUUAUUUCAUGGGUGCUGUAUUUUCUUUACCAAUCAUUUACGUCAGUGCUUCCAUGGAGUCAUUGUAACAACGAAUGGAAUACAAUUAAUUGUCAUGAUGUACAGAAUCGCUCAUCUGGUAUUCAAAAUGGAACGGUAUAUAAUAGCUCAUUUGGUAUUCAAAAUGGAACAUUAACUUCAAACGCAACCAAGAAAACUGCCAGUGAGGAAUUUUGGACACACAAAGUACUACAGAUCACUGAUGGUAUAGAAAAUAUUGGAGGAAUAAGACUAGAACUUUUAAUAUGUUUGUUUGUCGCAUGGCUAAUUGUUUUUCUCUGUUUAUGUAAAGGUAUCAAAUCAUCUGGCAAGGUAGUUUAUGUGACGGUUACAUUUCCGUAUGUUGUAUUACUAAUUUUUCUGGUACGAGCAGUGACUCUGCCGGGAGCUAUUGAUGGUAUCAAAUUUAUGUUCAUUCCAAAGUGGCAUAAACUGCUUUCAACACAAGUAUGGGGUGAGGCUGCUUUACAGAUUUUCUUUUCGACAGCUGUUGGAUGGGGAGGUUAUAUAACUUUUGCCAGUUUUAAUCGGUUCAAUCACAACUUAUACAGAGAGGCCAUACUUGUGCCUUUUAUAAACGGUGGAACGAGUAUUUUGGCGGGAUUUAUUGCAUUUUGUAUUCUAGGAUACAUGGCAAAUGUAAAAGGAAUGCAAGUAGCUGAAGUUGUAGAUCAAGGUCCUGGCCUAGCGUUUGUGGCAUAUCCAGAAGCAAUAUCAACUUUCCCAGUAUCCCCGUUAUGGGCGGUCCUUUUCUUUCUCAUGAUGCUUACUUUAGGCAUUGAUACUCAGUUUGGAACAAUUGAAACAAUGCACAGUGCAUUAGUAGACGAAUAUCCAAAGUUAUUGCGAAACAGGAAAACUCUUUUUAUGAGUGCUAUAUGUUGUGUUGGAUUCCUAUCAGGCAUACCGUAUGUAAUGAAUGGAGGAAUUUAUAUUUUACAAACUGUAGAUUGGUACGUUGGAUUGAUUACUCCGAUGAUAGCUGCAAUAAUGGAAUGCAUGUUGAUUGGAUGGAUAUAUGGUACUGACCAAUUUUAUGAUGAUCUAGAAAUGAUGACAGGUAGAAGACCAUCUCCGUUAUGGGGUAUAUUUUGGAAAUUUAUAACACCAACAUCAGUAGUGUUGAUGGUGGUUUUUAAUUUGAUUCAAUUCACGCCAGUUUCAUAUGGCACGUACAAGUAUCCAAAUUGGGCAGUGGUUGUAGGCUGGAUGAUUGGCUUUGCCUCAGUUAUACCAAUACCUUUAUAUAUCAUCAAAGACUUGUGGGCUGCUGAAGGAUCACUCUUUCAAAGAAUUAAAACUCGGCUGACGGCAGGAUCGGACUACGGACCUGCCCUAGAAGUAAAUUGUAUCAAACAAGCUGAACUUCUACAUCUUACAACAUCUGAACGUUUGGAAAAUUCGUCUAAUCAGCCGGAUGUGUUUGACGAAAAACAAAAUAUGAUUCAAACUGUAUAAACUAAAGUAAUCAUGUGCAUUUAGCGCUUAUACAAAAAGAUACAUAUAAAAUAUAAUAAGUUUCAUUUAAAAUGUUUUUUCUAUCGAUAAUUUAUUGCACAAAAUAAAGAAAUUCAUAUAAAAGGAGAU